AUGAUUGCUCCAUCUCUGCUGGCACUCGGUGCCGCUUCCCUCCUGAUUGCCCUCUGUCUCAGAAUGGCCAACAUACCUGCGCCUACCCAACUGCAUAAUAAGACGAUAGCACUCUUGAUAGCCCAUCCCGAUGAUGAGGCCAUGUUCUUCGCGCCCACGGUACUCGCCCUAUCGAGGAAGGAGACUGGGAAUCGUGUGAAAAUCCUGUGCCUGAGCAGCGGCGAUGCGGAAGGCCUUGGUGAGACGAGGAAGAAGGAGCUGGUGAAGAGUGGAUUACUUCUUGGGUUGAAGAGCGAGUCGGACGUAAUGGUGAUAGAUAAUCCAGCCCUGUUCCCAGACUCGAUGACGACUCACUGGGAUACCGAUGAAAUAUCGACUCUUCUUCGCACUACGUUCAUGACCAGCGAAUCAUCAUCCGGCUCGCCCAAACCCACCAUUGAUGUGUUGAUCACAUUUGAUUCAAAGGGCAUAUCGUCACAUCCUAAUCACAUUUCGUUGUUUCACGGCGCACGAGCAUUCAUCUCGUCGCUUACACAGCCAGGCUCUGGGGUAGACCGAACCGUCAGUCUGUAUACAUUAACCACAGUGGGUGUGGCAAGGAAGUAUGCAGGCGUAUUUGAUCGUCUCUUCACUCCGUUGCUUGUGCGUGGUGGUAUGGGAAGCCAUGGGCAGGUCAUGCCAUCCAGUCUUGUUUUCAUGCACGGACUCGGACAGGGAGGCUGGCGUACUGCACGCGAAGCCAUGACUGCGGCACAUGUCAGCCAGAUGAGAUUGUUUCGGUACGGGUGGAUCACACUGAGUCGGUAUAUGUUUAUAAACACUCUUGAAAUGGAGGAGGUGAAAUAG